AUGCCUGUCCCCACACGCCCUCCUGUCAGGAAAGCGCUCAGUAUCGCGGUUCAGUACUCGUCCCUCAAGGAGUACGAUCUCGAUCUGGAAGGGACACACAAUGACCCACGCAUACUGUCGGAUCUGCUAGUCGAUGUCUACAAGUACAACCGAGAAGACAUCACUAUCCUGAUCGACGAUGAGGACAAAAAACACUCGUGGCCCACGCGCAAGAACAUUGAAAAUGCGAUGAAAUCUCUGCUUGUCGGCGCGCAGCCUGGGGACCACUUCGUCUUCCAUUUCUCGGGUCAUGGUGCUCUAGUCCCAAACUUCGACGGAACAGAGAAGAGUGGCUAUGACGAAGUGAUCUGGCCCGUGGACAUUGAGUACAAAGGCGAUGAAUCCAGUAUCGACAAUUACAUCAAGGAUGAUGAAAUUCACGACCUGCUGGUGGAGCAUGUACCUGUUGGUGCACAUUUCAUGAUGGUCUUCGACUGUUGCCACUCCGGUACUAUGGCGGAUCUUCCGAAUACUAGCGAAGACCGACCGCCUACCCCGUCAUCAGCGACGUCAACAGGAUCAAUACCAUCGGCUGCGAGUGUCAAGAACACUUCGACGGAAGACGGCCUACAACAUAAGACAACUAAGGAGAUGUUCACUCCCAGCGUGCCCCUUGCGCAGGUUCCGGAAGCCAACAAGCCGGCUGUAGCGGAUGUCGCCCUUGCGAAAGCACUUCGUGAGCAGAGGCUUACUUUCAUACAGAUGCUCACAGAUACUUACCUCCUAAUAGGGCACAAUCCGCUGGAAACGCACCACGAGCUCCUCCAGGCUGUAACUCGCGAAAUCGCGAAAAUCACCGCUGCGAUCAACAAGCACAGCAGACCUGCUGACGCUGCUGAAUUCGAAGUUCCUAGACCUGAGCUGGAAACUCAGGAGUCUAUAGAGGAUGUGUACGAAGAACGCGUGGAUCUCUGA